ACUGGGAAGAAAAGCUCCUUGCAAGAGGUUCACCUUGGUCGAGACACGUCAAGUGCGUCCCUAGGGCAAGAAUCUUCUGAAAAGCAUCUGCUUGAUGCAAGCUCCAUUGCUUCAGAUUCUUUGGCGGUCCCCCCUCAUCAUCAGGCACUUGAUAGAAGAUGUGGGAAAGAUCCAAUCUUAGUCCCACUAACAGAAUAUGUUUCCCUUCAGAACCAAAGCAGUUCAAACAGCGGGUUUGAAGCCUGUGGCCAAUCUCUAAAACAGGCACAUGUACCACAGCAAAAUUUGUCUCUGCAGCUGCAAGUGCAAAAUAUUGAGCAUACAGAGACAGACCCUGAUGUGAGUUCUGCAAAGAGAUUCAAAGGAUCAGAUGCUGGUCAUGUUACUCAGCAGAUAGCCACCCUUAGGCCUGAUCAGCAACCUUUUGAUGGGGGUAAAAUAUCAGUUAAAUAUUAUGGGAACAAUGAGGUAAUUGUAACUGCCAUGCAGAAGUCAGUUUUAUCUGAAAAUGACAGAGUUCAUAAUUGUACAUCAGAGGUAAGAGAGGAUACAAAUUCAGCUCAACACUUUCCUGAAGACUUACCAUCUCAAGAUGUGUCUGCACUCAGUGGUCGUAAAAAAUUGCAAGACUGCUCUGAUCAUCAUAAUUUUACGUCCGCUAAACCUGGAAAUACCCAGAUUAGUCCCCAGAUGGCACCUUCUUGGUUUGAGCAGUAUGGUGCCUAUAAAAAUGGAAAGAUGCUACUAGUCAAUAAUAUAAGGAUGCUAGAAGAAAGUAAAGGGCAUUUGCUUCCAGCGAAUUCUUCUGAGAGUGCAAUCACUCGUAUUAUGAUAGAGCCUGCAAAUGUUUUUCAUACCAGUCAGAGCAUAGCCACCACCUCGGUAGCCAGUGAACGUGUUUCUUCUUCUCACUCUCUUCGCACAUGCUACACUCCUAUUGCGAUAGAGCCUGCAAAUGUUUCUCAUACCAGUCAAAGCAUAGCCACCACCUCGGCAGCCAGUGAGCAUGUUUCUCCUCCUCGCUCUCUUCCCUCACAGGUGACUGAUCAGAGUUUGUCUGUGAUGAAGCCAAAGAAGCGCAAAAGUGAAGCUUUGGAUCUUUUGCCAUGGCAUAAAGAAGUAAUGCGUGGUUCUCAAAGGCUUCUAAACAUCAGGAUGGCAGAAAAAGACUGGGCACAUGCUACACAUCGGUUGUUAGAGAAGGUGGAAGAUGAAGUUGAAAUGGUCGAGGAUGGACAGCAAAUACUUUUACCGCGAAGAAGGCUUAUUUUGACGACAAAGUUAAUGCAGCACCUCCUUCGACACCCACCUCCUGCAAUUCUUUCUGCAGAUGCCACUUCCUCCUAUGAGUCGGUGGUGUAUGUUAUUGCUAAAGUAGCAUUAGAGGACGCAUGCAGCAUGGUUCCUAGCACAGGAAGUGAUUUGAGCUCAACAGUGGACAACAGAUAUCAGACACCUGGAGAGCUUAAACUUUCUGAGAGACUGGGUGAUAAAUAUUUAUCGAAGUCAAAUAUUAUUGAAGACUUCACUGGUAGAGCGAAGAAGCUGGAAUCGGAUUUGUUGAGAUUGGAGAAGACUUGUUCAGUAUUGGACAUAAGAGUGGAAAGCCAGGAACUUGAAAAGAUUUCUGUCAUCAACCGUUUUGCUAAGUUCCACACCAGGGCCCAACCAGAUAGUGCUGAGAACUCAUUUUCCUCCAUCCCCCAAAGAUAUGUUAUUUCGCUUUUAAUGCCUAGGAACUUACCCCAUGGGGUACAGUGUCUUUCACUUUAAUCAAUGAAUAAUUAACCGGUUCAUUCCCCACCUCCCUUUAUCUCUGUCAUAUCAUUUGUUGUACUUGUAAAGCUGUUAUGUAUGAUCACGAUGAAGAGCUUCAUGGAGAGAACAAGAACAAGAGUAGUCUCGAUGUUCUUUGCCUUUUUUUUUCCCCUUGAACACUGGGAUGGCCUUCUGGUUUCUACCAAGGAAAAUAGUAACAGUUCCUAUAUGAAGACUGUAGAGAGACAGAAUGACAAGAAUGAAUUAUUAUUCUCAAGAAAGUGAUUACAGGUAUAUGAAUUCAUGUGGUUCAGUGAUUUGUUGUCUAUCAAGUGAGCUGAGCUGGAUAAGCGUCACGCAGAGGGAAUUUUUAAGGGAGUUGUUUAAAUUCCUCAUCUUCAGACAACAAAGCUGGAAUAGCUCAGCUGGUUAGAGCGUGUGGCUGUUAACCACAAGGUCACAGGUUCAAUCCCUGUUUCUAGCGAACAUUUUUGUUUAACGCCACGCACUUCUCUUCCUCUUAGGCAAAACCUGACUGCAGGUAGUUAUUAUACUCUGUAACCUUCUUCGAUCAGUUCCCUGCAUUUCAGUACAAGCUUUCUUGAUUCAGAUAAUGCUAUAUAUGCUAUU